AUGGGUAGAAUAUCGAAAAAAAAGGAAUCCAAAAAAAGUAUAUUGGCAUUUCCUAUAGAUAAUAAUAAAAUUACUGAUUUAAAUAACGAUCUAAAUAAUCAAAAAGAUAUGACUAGUGAGGAUAUUUUACCUGUGAUUAAGCAGUUGUCAUCACUUGAUGCUAAUGAACGUGCAUGGGCAGCAAGUUGUGCUUCUCAUUUGGUAUUAUCAGAUCCUGGUACUCGACGUCUUCUAUUAUCAAAGAAUCUUAUAAGAUCACUAAUAGAAAGAUUAACAGAUAAUGUUUAUGAAGUGAUUUUUGAAGCAAUCGGAACAUUAAGUAGUAUUAAUAAUGAAUCUCGAGAAUAUGAUAUCUGUGCAGAAAUGUUUAAUAAAAAUAUUCUUACGCCAUUGAUAACAUUAAUACCAAAAAUUUCUGUUGUAAUUAAUAAUAUAUUAAAAGGCAUUCCUCAAGAAUCGGAUCCAUUUGUAGCCGCUAGAUCAACGAUUUGGAAGUUUGCAGAAAAUAUUAUUUGCAUAUUUUGGUCUUUAAGUGAGACAUCACAAAAGAUUCUGAGAAGCAUUAACAAUGCAAAUAUUAUUUCAUUCCUUUUAGCUUUUUUUACGCCAUCAGAAUUAAUUCCUACUCAAACUAUUAUUGCUGCAGCACAAUGUCUUAACACCCUUACAGACGAGAAUCCAGAUAUUUAUUUUCAUUUUAAAAAUAAUCCAGAAUAUUUAAAAUUACUUUAUCAUCAUAUUAAUUCUGAAAUUGGUGAUAACAAAACGAGCGAUGAUCAUUUGAAUGUUAAAGUUUUGUCAUGUGGAAUUCUUUCAAAUAUUCGAUCAAUCCUAUCACCUUCACUAUUACCAUCCUUAUUUUCCGAUAUAAAUUUUUAUAUAAUUCCUGUGUUGAUACCAUGUUUAUCUUUUGAUAUUCAAAAAUGUGCUGAAGAAGCAAUUGAAACUGCUAAUAACAUUGAUACAUCUGACACUCUCAUAAAAGGUUCAAAGGAUGCUAUAACACCAACACCUAAAGAGGUGAAGUUAAAUUUCAUUAAUUCUAAAUUAACCAAUUUACAACUUGUACUUGAAUUAAUAUCAAAAAUUUGUUUAGAAAUCUUAGUGAAUAAUGAUGAUGACGAUGGAUGGGAAGAUGUAAGCCAAGGUGAAGAGACGGAUGGUGGUGAUGAUAUAGGGUUGAAUGGUUACGAAAAAAAAUAUAAUAAAGCGGCAGUAAAAGUUGAAAACAUGGAGGAUGAUACACCUAUGCUUGACACAGAAAACUCUAUUAUUGAUGAAGACAAUGACAAAAUAUUAUAUAGUCAAAAAAAAUCGAUUCUAGAAACAUUCACAACGAUAAUACUGCCAGCAUUAAUUCGGUUGGCCGCACCAACCAAACUUUCUUUUCAAGAACAAAUGGGCCCCAAUGUUAUGCCACCACCUACAAUUGCACCUAUUAUAACAUCCUCGCUAGCAAUUAUACAUCUUCGGGCAAUUGAAUGUAUGAAUAAUUUUUUUUUGUCUAUGAUAGACUUUGAGGACAAAGUUUGGUAUGAUCAACAUAAAGAUGAUGUUAAACAAUUAUCAAUAACGCUGAUUGAUUUGGCUAACCAGGUAGCUGGUAAAGGUGUUAAAGUUGGAGCUGAGGAUCCAGGACAAGAGAUGAGAGGCUCUAUUUUGGAAGCUUUGGUUGGAUGUCUAUGGACUUUGGCAAGAGCUCAAAUAGAAACAUUUAUUGUUUCGUAUCAUCAUUCUAUAUCAGAUAGUAUGCGAGUAAAAAUAAUCGGUACUUUAGGUGUUGUUGCAAGAAGACAAAACGCCGUUAAAGAAAACAAAAUCAUUGGAGAUUUUAUGAUAAAUGUACUUCAAAAUCUACCACCAAAUGGUUCAACUAUAUUAGAUUGUGCUAUUGAAGCAUUGAAUGCUAUUUAUGACAUUUAUGCAGACAAGAAUUUUGAUUAUGAUCAAUACGUGUUUGUACAAGGAAAUUAUUUGAAUUUAUUACAAAAUAUAGUGGAUCCGUUUCGUGUGAUGGUCAAAUCUAUUGAUAAACGCAAUUUUCGCGAUCAAAGAUUAAGGGCAGAUGAAGCUUUAAUCAAUCUUGUUGCAUUUAUUAAAUAUAAAAAGGAGGAACGAAAUUAA